AUGGCUGAGGAGGGAACAACUGCACCGCUUGUUGUCAGUUUUGGCGAUGAGUUAAAACCAGUUGACGCAUGGAUCAAUUUGGGAAUUAAAUGGCUUGAUGAUGUGCGAGCGUUUUACUACGAACGAUCAGUAAUUGAAAAGGAAUAUGCUACAAAGUUAACAGCACUUAGCACUAAGUACUUUGACAAGAAGGCGCGGAUGUCUACAGCGUUGAGUGUUGGUGAGACACCGGUCAUCACCCCAGGGUCAUUGGAAAGCGCGUCGCUAGUCGCGUGGUCUGAAGUUUUGAAUCAAACUGAGCAGAUUGGGAAAGAGCGGCUGCGGAUGUCAAACGAGUUUAAUUUGCAAAUUGCGGAGCAGGUUAAUGGGAUUGCGACGCGGUUUGACGAUCUUCGAAGGCGGUAUGCGUCUUACCACGACAAGUUGAUUGAGGACCGAGAAGGGUUUUACAGCGAGCUGAAGAAGGCCAAGGCCGGAUAUGACGGGGCAUGUGAGGCGAUGGAGAGCGCACGGCUGAAGGCGUCCAAGUCGUAUGACCGGGCCAAGGACAAGGCGAGUCGGCGAAUGGUGGAGAAGGGGGUGGACAUGAACAAUGAGAAGAACACGUACAUUAUUAAGAUCAAUGUGGCGAACCGGGUCAAGGAUAAGUAUUACCAUGAGGACGUACCGGAGUUGUUGGACCAUUUGCAGGCCCUGAACGAGGCGCGGGUGCGGAUGGUGAAUGAUUUCUGGCACCAAGCAAUUCAGGUGGAACGUGGUUGCUGUGAGCGGACGGUAACGUGUUUAGAUGGGAUGGCUGGGUGUGUUGCACAAAACAACCCCGCGUUAGAUUCAGCCAUGUUUGUGAAGCAUAACUUGGGGUCGUGGACAGAGCCCACUGACUUUUAUUUCCAGGAAAGUCCGAUUUGGCACGAUGAGGAUGGGAUUGCGACUGAUGAUGUGUCGUUGCAAUAUUUGAGACGGUGGUUGGAGAAUGCUCAAAACAAGCUUGCUGAGCAUUCGCGGACCAGCGAGUCACGGGCUGAGUCAUAUCGGGCGGUCAUGGAACAACGGCGCGGGUCAGUUUCUGAGUUAGACUCGGGCAAGAUUUCCAAGGCGAGUUACAUUGAGUUGUUAGGCCGAACGCUUGCUGCACUACAAGCGGUGACAUACAAUGAGACUGCGAAGACGAUUGUUGCAGUUGAGAUUGAGACGAUUGAGGUUGCUGCUGGAGAUAAGGAUUUAAAUUCAGUAACGCCAGUGGCUGAGACUAAGAAGAGAAAGGGGUUACUUGGGCUGUUGAGUGGUGGUGGAGGAUCGAGUGGUCAUCAUCAUCAUAGUGUACAAGAUCCAGUUGAUAUUGAUCAUGAGCUACAGUCUGUGAGAUCACUUUCGAUUCAUUCUGGACACCAGGGAGGAGGAGGAGGAGGAGCUGGAGGAGGAUUUUUGUCUUCCUUUAAGAAUACCAUUCGCAAGAGAUCUGGAAGUAUUACUACGGCACCUACGGGAGCAUCUCAAGAGAGUGUUGGUAAUACUAAUGGGUCUAUACCUAGUACUCCAACGACUAGUAUUGGAGGAGGGUUUAAAAGGGGAUAUGGAACUACUACGGGGCGGAUGUUAUAUGGGUACAGUGGACAACAGAGUGGGGAGUUGACACUUAUUGAAGGUGAAGAGUUUAUGGUAGUGGAGGAGGAUGAUGGGACUGGGUGGGUAAUUGGGCGCAAGACUAAUGGUGAGGAAGGUUUAAUUCCAGCGUCAUAUUGUGAGAUUAUUUCCAAUGACAAUGGGAACAAUAACAUUUUACCAGUCCCAUCGAUUGUUUCUGUUAGCACUGGGGAAGAAUCUGUGAGUAGUAGUGCGCGUGGAUCAUUUGGAGGGGGGAAGAAGAAGGGUCCUUCUGUUGCGCCUAGGCGUGGUGGGAAGAAGAUUAGGUAUGUGAUUGCGCAGUAUGAUUAUGAUGCUACGAAUGAGGAAGAGAUUACGAUUAGGGCAGGUGAUAAGAUUGCAGUGACGCAGGAUGAUCCUGGUGAUGGGUGGACCGAAGGAGAGUUGAAUGGGAUGAAGGGGUCUUUCCCAUCAUCAUAUGUGAAGGAUGUUGAUUGA